GGCCGUGAGAGCGGUGCCGUGGAGAGGAGCAGCACGAAGCUGCGGUUGGUACUGGCGUAGUGGGGCACUGGCCGGACUGUUUGGACUGCUUGACGUGAACUCGCCCUCUCGGGCGUGAGGAGACCGUACGGAAGUGAACCGAGGACAUCCAGCGGAGCCGGCGGUGGAGCACGUGACCUUCAGCGCACACGGCCGCCGGCAGUCGUCACGCUGCGAUGUCGGCGACGGUGCCGCGCAGCCGUCGGGCCGCGGCACAGGGCUGGUGGCGCCCCGGCUCGCUCGUGAUGCGGCGUCGGGACGGCGUCGGGGGCAGCGCCGCCGCCAUCGGAUCAGUCACCGGCGCCAUCGGGGCAUCGGAGCCGGGUCAGGCCGGGCUGAUGUCGUAUCACUCCGUCGACGGCAGCACUCAGCCGCGGCGGGCCCGGGAGCUGUCCAGUAUCGACCCCGCCUACACGUCGCAGAGCGGACUCACAGCGUUUUCGGAUCUAGCGACAUCUCGUGGCAGUGUUCGGAUUCAGCAUUUCACGGGACAGGGGUGUGGUGGCGCCGGCAGCGGCGAUCCGCGCAUCUACCCUCUCGUGCAAUGCGCCCACUUCCACUAUGAGCACGUGGAGCUGUCCGAGGUUGAGGUCCAGCUGCAUGACGGCGAGCCGGGCGUCUCGUGCCGCGGCCAGGACCAGACCGCCGAAUGGGCCGACUGUCUGGCUCUCCGCGUGGCUUCGCUCGGCCGCCACUGGGUCGUCAUGCGCAGCCUGGACCACCUGCGCCUGCUGGACUCGCAGCUGCACACGUGCGUCUUCGACAGGAGGUACUCGCGCCUGCCGCUGCUGACGGCGGAGGAAGAAGUCACCGCGGAGGACGGCGCCUCUGAGGCCGUGCAACGGGCGGUUUAUCAUAGCGAGGACGUGUUACCCACACUCAACCCGGACAUCACCGUCCAUGACUUGUACUUCACCAGCGGACAGAAGCCGCCGGAGUCCUCUGGCCUGUGA